UGAUGUGCUCAUGGUAUGGCCGGAGAGCCGCGGCGGCCUUAUAAGCCCGUGCCCCUCCUGGGGCCUUGCCGGACAUUAUCACCCGAACGCACACGACUACCCCGGGGCAUUACAUCCGAGUAUCUAACCUUUACUCCACAUUUUGAUCUCCGGAGCAUAUCUGGCAUAUCGGAGUCAAGGGAUUUGGACACUCACCGGCUAAUCUAUAUAAUAGCUGUUAUCUCGAAAAAUUCGAUUUCAAAAAAGUGACUCACACUACCAACCUUAAUCCACCAUGGCUUCUUCAACCUUAUUGUGGAAACGGGCAUUGCCUACAACCUCCAGGAUAGUCAGAAUGUACUCUACGUUCAAGCCGGCAUCUCCGUUGACAGUCCAUGACAUCAACCAGCACACCAUCGAGGCCAAGUACGCUGUCAGAGGCAGUAUCCCCAUCAGAGCCGACGAGUUGCAGUCCUUGAUCGACUCCCACCCCACCCUGCACGGGUUGCCCUUCUCCAAGAUCAUCAAUGCCAACAUCGGUAAUCCCCAACAGCUCCAACAGAAGCCGUUGACCUGGUACAGACAGGUGUUGUCCAUUCUCCAAUACCCAGAGUUGUUGGACGAGGUCAAGUUCCCCGCAGACGUGGUAGACCGUGCCACCACCUUGCUCAAGCACUUAGGAUCGGUGGGUGCCUACUCGCCUUCCCAGGGUGUUCCUUAUAUCAGAAACUCGGUUGCACAAUUCAUCUCUGACAGAGACGGCUACGACGCAUCUCCCGAGAACAUCUUCUUGACCGGUGGUGCUUCUGCAGCCGUGACUUACUUGUUGCAGAUCUUAUCAGCAGGACCCAACUCCGGUUUCCUCAUUCCUAUUCCCCAGUAUCCUUUGUACACCGCCACUAUUGCCUUAAACAACGCAAAGCCCAUUGGUUACUUCCUCAAUGAAGACAACCAUUGGUCAACUGACCCAAACCAGAUAAGACAACUCAUCAAGACCAAUAAGGAACAAGGUGUGGACAUCAAGGCCUUAGUUGUCAUCAACCCUGGUAACCCCACUGGCUCGAUUCUUUCUGAACAAGAUAUCAUUGAGCUCAUUGACAUCGCUGCAGAGCACGGUAUCGUACUUAUUUCGGACGAAGUGUACCAAGAGAACAUUUUCAAGGGAAAGUUCCUUUCCAUGAAGAAGGUGUUGUGUGAAUUGAAGGAAUCCCAUCCACACUUGUACUCCAACGUCCAACUCGCCUCCCUUCACUCUACUUCCAAGGGUGUCAGUGGUGAAUGUGGCCAACGUGGUGGUUACAUGGAAUUGAUUGGUUUCACGCAAGAAGUGAAGUCAGUGGUAUUCAAGUUGGCAAGCAUUAAUUUAUGUUCUGUUGUUUCUGGUCAAGCAUUAAUGGAAUUGAUGAUUAAUCCUCCUAAGCCAGGUCAAGAAUCUUACGAGCAAUACCACCAUGAAACUAGUGCUAUCCAUACUGAUUUGGAGACCAGAGCCUCUGCUUUGUACGAAUCUUUCCUCGAGAUGGAAGAUAUCUCCUGUAACAAGCCAAUGGGAGCUAUGUAUUUGUUCCCUCGUCUUCAUUUCACUGAAGAACACUAUCCAUUGUUAUUCAAGAGAGCCCGUGAUCAAAAGCAGUUGCCCGACGAUACCUACUGCAUCGAAUUGUUGGAGCACACUGGGAUCUGUUGCGUUCCAGGAAAUGGGUUCGGUCAAGUCGAAGGCACAUACCAUCUCAGAACCACCUUCUUACCACCAGGUACCGAAUGGAUCGAGAAAUGGACUGCUUUCCACAAAGCAUUCAUUCAAAAGUAUAAGGUUUAGACAACUAUGUUCAUUUCUACUCAACGUCCUUAUUUCAUUAUUUAUUGAAUACACGAUAUUUAA